GGGGCGGCGAUGCGGGCGUUGGGGACGCAUUGGGGCCGUCGGGAGCGAGCGCUGCUGUGGUGCGUGCUGGGGGCGGCGUGGGAGGCGGCGUGGGGGCAGCUGCGCUACUCGGUGCCCGAGGAGAUGCCCAAGGGCUCCUUCGUGGGCGACGUGGCCAAGGACCUGGCGCUGCAGCUGCCGGCGCUCCACGAACGUGGGGUCCGCCUUGUAUCCGAGGGCGGGACGCAGUAUUUGUCUCUGCACGGGAAGACGGGACAUUUAGUGACGGCAGAGAGGAUCGACAGAGAGCAGCUGUGCGGGAGUGUGCAGCAAUGCGUGCUGCGCUGUGAGGUGAUAGUGGAUGGGGAAAUGAAGGUUUAUGAAAUCGAAGUGGAAAUCAAGGACAUAAACGACAACGCCCCCAGCUUUGAAGAGUCAGAAACGCAAGUCAGAAUGAGCGAGAUGACAGCGAUGGGAUCUAGGUUUCUCCUGCCCAGGGCUCACGACCCGGACUUGGGACGGAAUUCCGUGCAGAGCUACGAGCUGAGCGGCGACGAGCACUUCUCGCUGUCGGUGCAGAAGGGCCCCGGCGGGGCUGAGCGUCCCGAGCUGGUGCUGGCCAAGGCGCUGGACCGGGAGGAGGCGGUGUCACACGAGUUGUUGUUGAGGGCGAUGGACGGCGGCGAGCCAUCCCGGACGGGCACGGCGCGUCUCCGCGUGACGGUGCUGGACGUCAACGACAACGCACCCGUGUUCAGCCAGGCGGAGUACACGGUUCGUGUGCCGGAGGACGUGCCCGUGGGCUCUACUCUCCUCACCCUCACGGCUACCGACGCCGACGAGGGGACGAACGGGCACGUGAAAUAUUCAUUUCAAACGGUUUCUGUGAAAGCUUCAAAGAUUUUCCGCCUGGACUCUGAGGAGGGAAGGAUCACGCUGGUGCAGAAUUUGGACUUUGAGAAAGGUGACUCGUACGAACUGGAGGUGCAGGCACGGGAUGGAGGAGAGCUUUUCGACACUGCUAAAGUCACAAUAAGCGUUACAGACGUUAACGACAACGAACCUGAACUGACAGUGUCUUCAUCGCUGACUGAGAUCUCUGAGGACGCCCAGCCGGGGACAGUGGUGGCCCUGUUGCACGUACGGGAUCGCGACUCGGGCCCCAACGGCGAGGUGCGAUGUUCGCUGGAAGGGUCCGUCCCGUUCCGUCUACAGAGCUCGCGGGGCAGCUACUACAGCGUGGUGACGUCACGGGAGCUGGACCGGGAGAAGGUGUCGGAGUACAACGUGACGGUGCGGGCAUUGGACGGAGGGUCGCCGCCGCGGUGGAGCAGCGCGGUGUUGUGUCUGCGGGUGCUGGACGUGAACGACAACGCGCCGGUGUUCUCGGAGGCGCGGUACAGCGCCCGCGUGCGGGAGAACAACGCGGCGGGGGCGCUGCUGCUGCGGGUGCGGGCGCGGGACGCGGACUGGGGCGCGAACGCGCGCGUGCGGUACCGCCUGUGUGAGGGCGUCGUGCGGGGCGCGGCGCUGUCGUCGUACGUGUCGGUGGAGGCGGAGACGGGCGCGCUGUACGCGCUGCGGCCGUUCGACUACGAGGAGGUGCGCGAGGUGGGGCUGUGGGUGCGGGCGGAGGACAGCGGGUCGCCGUCGCUGAGCAGCAACGCGUCAGUGCGCCUGGAGAUCGUGGACGAGAACGACAACGCGCCGCAGGUGCUGUACCCGCCGUCGUCGGGCUUGGGCUCGUCGGGGUCGGUCGUGGAGCUGGCGUCGCGGUCGUGGGAGCCCGGCUCGCUGGUGGCCAAGGUGGUGGCGGUGGACGCGGACGCGGGUCAGAACGCGUGGCUGUCGUACGAGCUGUGGAAGGCGACGGAGCCGGGGCUGUUCCGCGUGGGGCUGCACAGCGGCGAGGUGCGCACGGCGCGCUCGGCUCUGGCCCGCGACGCGUCGCGGCACAGCGUGGUGGUGGUGGUGAAGGACCACGGGCGGCCGGCGCUGUCGGCCACGGCCACGCUGACGGUGGUGCUGGCCGAGAGCGUGGCCGAGCUGCUGUGGGAGCUGGGCAGCGCGGCGGCGGCCGUGCCGGGCGAGGCGUCCGGCGGGCUGACGCGGUGGCUGGUGGUGGCCGUGGCGGCCGUCUCCUGCCUCUUCCUCGCCUUCCUGCUGCUGCUGCUGGCGCUGCGCCUGCGCCGCUGGCGCCGCUCGCAGCUGCUGCCGCCGCCGGGCAGCGGAGCCUUGCGCGCCGUCCCGGGCUCGCCCUUCGUGGGCCUCGACGGCGUGCGCGCCUUCCUGCGCUCCUACUCGCACGCGGUGUCCCUCACCGCCGACUCGCGCAAGAGUCAGCUCCGCUUGUCGCCCGACAGCGCCUGCGACACGCUGCCGGCCCGCCCGCCGCCCGCCGAGCCCAAGCCGCUGCUCGACGAGGACCCCGACGCCGCCCGCCGCGACCCCCCCUCCGCUGUCCCGGUGAGUGAGUGAGUGAGUGAGUGAGUGCCUCUGGCGGGACUGGUUCCGUCGCGUUGCCCUCUGCCGCUCCCCUGCAGUAUCCAGGGCGAUUAUUUGCUAAUAACCGCCAUAGUGGAAGGCGUUUGUGAAAAAGAAACUAGGCACUGUCUUCUGUGUCUUUGUAUUUAUUGAGGAAACAGCGAGUAUUACAUAAUCAGGAAAUCGCUUAUCACCAGUGGCUCUUGCUCUCGGCAAGUGAUCAGGUUGCUCCGUGUAACAGUCGGUGUGUAGUCGGGAGAAACGGAGCUGGAGUUGGUUUGAGUUUCGUUCGGACGGGUCAUUUUUCCUAUUACGCUCCAGGUAUUUUCUCGGUUUAUCCUCUGACAUGUGCAAUACCGGUUUUCCUUUUAGCUGUAGCUCUUCCGAAUGGAUAUAUUUUAUUUUUAGGAAGUGGAGGUUCGAGUUAUUUGCAGGGUCAGUUUUCUUUCCGACAGCCAAGAUGCCUAAGUAGGAUGAGAUCGACUUGAAACGAGACGCUAAUGGCCCAUUUAUGUUUCCGUGACGAAAUAAUGCUUUGUAGUUUUAUUGGCGCCUUUUCGCUUGUUUAGUACCAUGAUCUGCUCCUCCAGGUCUCAGCACUUCACCUUAUAUUUUUUAUUGUUGUCGAAAGCAUUGCAUUCUGUAUAUUGUUAAUAAUGGUGCUAGUUAGGAAGGUUUUUUUCUUCUGCGCUUUACCUGCCUGUGACAAGUUUUACUCAAAAAAUGGGACCGUGACAGAUACACAGCGUGUAGGUUGAGUGUUUUUUUCCUCAGGUUCUUCUUCCUUUCAUUUUUCUCGUUACAGAGCAUUUACGUUUAACUGUGGGUGGUACGUUGGAUGAGUGUAAGACGUUAUUAGAAAUUUUCCGGCAGCCGCCAGUGCCUGCUUCGGGGCGGGUCUAGUACGGGUCUGGUGUGAAAGUUUCUCUCACAGUGUGUUCCCAACAGGUGUUGUCAGCAGGGUCAAUGUUGUGUACUGUGAUGCGGCGUUUUCCACGCUGGAGGUUCUUAAUCCUCAACCAGGAGACCACCCUCAGGCGUUCCUGUUAAUUCUUUGUUGCUUGCUGGAAUUUCCUUGCUUGGGUCAAAGCGAGCUGCAGGCUCCAGAUUAAGGAAAAGUGAUGCUAUCUCUCUGUGAGAGUGGUUUGUUGGUGAGGAGUGUCCUGUUCUCACAGCGACGUUGUGACCCAGCGAUCGUUUGCUGAUAAUUGCCACAGUGUAAGAGGUUUGUGAAGGAGAAACUGAACAUUGUAGUCUGUGCCUUUGUAUCAUUUGGGGGAUCCUGUUGAUGCCGCUUUCUUCCUUUUUUUUUUUCAUGCUAUGAUCUGUUCUCGCAGGUCUCAGCACCUAAUCUUGUAUUGUGUCUUAUUGUUGAAAGCAGUGCGUUUUAUGUAUUGUUAAUAGCGGUGCUCAUGAGGAAGGUUCUUUUUCUUGUGCUACUUACCAGCCCGUGACCAGUUUUACCUAUAGAAUGGGACCGUUACAAAUACACAUUUGCUUUUACCGUGAACGCCGUGUUGGGUGAAGUUUCUUUCUUAUUUCUUAAAACUGGUGAAAACGGUGUGUUAUGAAGAGAGUAGUGUUUUUUACUUAAUUGUGUUACUACUUAUAGAGAGGGGUGGUUUUUUUCCUCCUUCUCUGCUCCCCACCAGCCCGUGAGCACAUCCAGAGUCUUCGUGCACUGGGAAUCAUUUUAUUCGAAUGACCUUGCCGACCACGAGAAUUGGCUUCACGCAGCACCCUUGUGGCCUCUUCUGUCAAAUGUGUGUUCAUCUCCGAGGGAUCGUUAUUGUUCUGUGGGGACUUUUAAUCUACUUUACUGUUUGUCUUUGUGUCUUAUAAUGGAGAGGUGUUGUUAGAGGGAGCAGUGUAGCUGGGGUUGUAGCGACAGUUAUGUCUGACCGUGCCUAGUGUCGGUGUGAUUUUCGUUUCCUGCUCGGCAGCGUUACUCACAGGGCUGGAGUAUCAGACAGAGACAGGUAUUUUCAUCGUGAACGCCAUACUGUUUGAAGGGUUUCCUGAAAGUCUGUUGUUCUUUCCUUUAAUUGUUGCAGUUGUCUUACAAUACUGAGUUUUCGUCACUAUUAAUGAUUUGAAAUGCAUGUAAGCAGUUUCUCAGUGAUGCAAUCUCAAACGUUGAGAAAGGCAAGAUUCUGCUUAAAUACCUAAUUAGUAUGGGACCCUCCUGUCUGUCUCUCCGUCUACAGCAGAGGGAGGCUAGCUCUUUGUGAGAAUGGUCCUGUUGGAUAGGAGGAGUCGUGUUCUCACAGCGACUUUGUGGCCAGGUGAUCAUUUGCCAAGAACUGCCACAGAGGAAGAUGCUUGUGAAGGAGAAACUGAGUGCUGUAAACUGCGUCUUCUGAGGGAGUGCGGCAUAAGCAAGAGUUGAGCUAUCACCAGCACCCUGCGAAUGGGCACAGUAGUCAUCCAUGGCGUCUUGUUUGGAGUGAUAAGAGCUUUUAGAAACAUCUGCUGUGUACCUGUAGUUUCCACACUCGUGGUCUCUGUGGAGCUUGCGUUGAUCGAGGGGGUGAUAGUGUGCCGUGCCCUGUCCAUGGUCCUGAAGCAGGGGAUGUCUGCAGAGUCUUGCAUUGCACCGUGAUUUCCCUUCAGAGCUGGUGUUAUCGUAUAAACAGGCCGUGAGGAGGAUCUUUCUCCGACUUUUUCAUAGGCGUUGCACUCAAGAGGCUUUUAUCCUGACCGUUCUGAGGCCAUGCCAUGCCUGGAUUGUUCUGUCUAUUGUGGAUGCAAAAUAAAGAUAGCUGUGUUUGUGUCAUGGGGAAAUUCCUUCUUCGGUGUUUUGUUCUGACUUUCCUACUUGUGACUUGCUUUGCCGUCUUUUUUCUACAAGAGUCUGGCUGACCUGGGAAUUGUAGCUGACAUGUCGCAUACGUCUGGGGUAUCACCACGGAGGGGCAGACCCCUCCUCUUUGCAGUUAUCUGAAUAGCAUACUUGUUAAUUGAAGUCUCCUGGGGGCAUGGGUACCUCUUAGCUGCCCAUCCAUGUUCUUAGUCCUCUACUUACUUACCCAGAUCACUGAAUGAAGCAGUUUUGGGGAAAAAAAUAAAUAGGGC